GACAGCGACGAUGGCGCAGCUUCAGCACCAGCGGCCUCCGACGAUGGUGUCAGCCAAAACACAAAAUCUGGGGCGGAGCUAGUAGUCCAGGUUCCUGUGGUGGAUGUGCAGAGUGACAACUUCAAGGAGAUGUGGCCAUCCCUCCUGCUGGCCUUAAAGACAGCUAGCUUUGUGGCUUUGGACACGGAACUGAGUGGGCUUGGGGACAGGAAGAGUUUGCUGAACCAGUGCAUCGAGGAACGAUACAAGGCUGUAUGUCAUGCUGCCAGGACCCGUUCUAUCCUCUCCUUGGGCCUCGCCUGCUUCAAGCAGCAGCCUGACAAGGGUGAACACUUCUACCUGGCCCAGGUAUUCAAUCUUACCCUGCUCUGCAUGGAAGAGUAUGUCAUAGAACCAAAAUCUGUGCAGUUCCUGGUACAGCAUGGCUUCAACUUCAACCGGCAGUAUGCCCAGGGCAUCCCCUACCAUAAGGGCAAUGACAAGGGUGAUGAAAGCCAGAGCCAGUCAGUGCGGACACUGUUUUUGGAGCUAAUCCGGGCCCGCCGGCCCCUGGUGCUACACAAUGGCCUAAUAGACUUGGUGUUCCUGUACCAGAACUUCUAUGCACAUCUGCCUGAGAGCCUGGGAACCUUCACCGCUGACCUGUGUGAGAUGUUCCCAGCAGGCAUUUACGACACCAAAUAUGCUGCUGAAUUUCAUGCCCGCUUUGUGGCCUCCUACUUAGAAUAUGCCUUCCGGAAAUGCGAGCGGGAAAAUGGGAAGCAGCGGGCAUCUGGCAGCCCACAUGUUACCCUGGAGUUCUGCAGCUAUCCUUCUAGCAUGAGGGCCCAUAUUGAUUACCGCUGCUGCAUGCCUCCUGCAGCCCACCGUCCUCACCCCACCAGCAUCUGUGACAGCUUCUCGGCCUAUGGCUGGUGCCCUAUGGGACCACAGUGUCCUCAGUCCCACAACAUUGACCUUAUCAUUGACACUGAUGAGGCUGUGGCGGAGGACAAGCGGCGGCGGCGGCGACGACGACGGGAAAAACGGAGGAGGGCUUUGUUGAGUUUGCCUGGGACACAGACCUCUGGGGAAACUGAGGAUGGUCCUCCUGUGAAGCAGGUCUGUGGGGAUAAUCUCAAGGCCGAUGAACUUGAGCAGAAGGCAGCUGAAGUUGAAAGGAGUAACCAGUCUUGCUCUGAGCAGAGUGACAAAAAUGACUUGGAGAUGGAGCUUACGGCAACAGAGCCUGAAACAGCUGACAUGGCCACUUCAGAAGUACCAGAGACGCAAGUUGGUCCUAACUCGGGGCCUGGAGAUGGACUGCACCGUGCUGGUUUCGAUGCCUUUAUGACAGGUUAUGUGAUGGCCUAUGUGGGAGUGAGCCAGGGACCUCAGUCCUGCAGCUCUGGACCUUGGCUACCUGAAUGUCACAACAAGGUAUAUCUCAGUGGCAAAGCUGUACCCCUCACAGUGGCCAAGAGCCAGUUCUCCCGUUCCUCCAAAGCCCACAAUCAGAAGAUGAAGCUGGCAUGGGGAAGCAGCUGACCCAAUUCCUGCCUAGCAUUCAGGUCCCAGGAAGAGAAGCUGAGGUGGAACCAGAGAUAUUUGGGUCUUUGUGGCCAGUAAAUGUCAUACUGUCAAGUACUGUGGAGUCGGGGGGGGUCGUGGAGGUCUGGCAGAGAUACCAGUGCACUACCCUGGACCUUCUCCUUUACCCCAGCAGCUGAGGUACAAGAAGGCUAUCCAACACCUGUAACACCGACUUUAUUUUUAAAUCUGAAAGUGUGAAAGUGUCUUGGGAAAGAUUUACAAAAAAAAAAAAAA